AUGGACCCCGUCCCCACCAUGGACCCGGUCGUGAACCUCACCUGCGCCUCGCCCCCGUGCGCCCCGCCCUCCCCGGCGCCCAACGGCAGCGCGGGCGCGCGCCCGGACGGGCCGCCCCUCUUCUCGGUCUUCGGGGUGCUGGUCCUCACCUUGCUGGGCCUCCUGGCGGCGGCCACCUUCGCCUGGAACCUGCUGGUGCUGGCCCUCAUCCUCCGCGUGCGCACCUUCCACCGCGUGCCCCACAACCUCGUGGCGUCGCUGGCCGUGGCGGACGCGCUGGUGGCCGCGCUGGUGAUGCCGCUGAGCCUGGCGCACGAGCUGGCCGGGCGCCGCUGGCGGCUGGGCCGCCGGCUGUGCCAGCUGUGGGUGACGUGCGACGUGCUCUGCUGCACGGCCAGCAUCUGGAACGUGACGGCCAUCGCCCUGGACCGCUACUGGUCCACCACGCGCCACCUGGAGUACACGCUCCGCGCGCGCAAGCGCGUCUCCAACCUCCUGAUCGCGCUCACCUGGGCGCUGUCGGCCGCCAUCGCCCUGGCGCCGCUGCUCUUCCGCUGGGGCGAGACCUACACCGAGCAGGGCCAGCAGUGCCAGGUCAGCCGCCAGCCCGCCUACACCGUCGUCUCCACCGUGGGCGCCUUCUACCUGCCGCUGUGCGUGGUGCUCUUCGUGUACUGGAAGAUCUACAAGGCCGCCAAGCUCCGCGGGGGCUUCAGGAAGCACAACAGUGUGUUGCCCCUGCCCGAGGGCGCAAAGGUGAAGGUGGGGCCCCCGCCGCCCCACAUGGUGUUCACGGUGCGCCGCGCCGUCGUCACCUUCCAGACGGAGGGGGACUCGUGGCGCGAGCAGAAGGAGCAGAAGGCGGCGCUGACGGUGGGCGUCCUCAUCGGGGUGUUCGUGCUCUGCUGGAUCCCCUUCUUCACCACCGAGCUGCUGGGCCCCCUGUGCGCCUGGGACGUCCCCGCCAUCUGGAAGAGCAUCUUCCUCUGGCUGGGCUACUCCAACUCCUUCUUCAACCCCAUCAUCUACACCGCCUUCAACAAGACCUACAGCAGUGCCUUCAGGAGCUUGCUCUCCAGGAAGCGCUGA